AUGGCCAACAACCUCUACAUCGCCGAGACGCCCAAGGAAGUCUCCGAAGCCAAGGGCUUGCACCUCAUCACGCAGAACACGCCAAACGGCCAGGCAACGCAGAUCCUCCUGGAAGAACUGGCCGACAGCUACGGCACGCAAUGGACCACCACGCUCAUCAAUAUCAUGACCAACGAGCAGAAGAAGGAGUGGUUCUUGCGCCUGAACCCCAACGGCCGCAUCCCCGUGCUGGUCGACAACACGCAGUCUCCGCCCUUCUCCGUCAUCGAGACGUCCGCCCAGCUGCUGUACUUGCUGAAGUUUUUCGACAAGGAGGACAAGUUUGGCUUCAAGGAUGAGUUGGAGCGGAACGAGGCCCUGCAGUGGGUCUUCUUUUGGCACGGCGGCGGUGCCCCGUACCAAGGACAGGUCAACCACUUUACGCGAGCAGCGCCGGAGAAGAUCCCAUACGCCAUCAACCGAUACAAGAACGAAACCCUCCGCGUGUACGGCGUGCUCGAGAUCCGCCUGUCGGGCAUCUAUGCAGACGGGCCGCGCGACUACCUCGCCGGCAAGGGCAAGGGGAAAUACUCGAUCGCUGAUAUCAAAACGUGGCCGUGGGUCAAGGGUUGGGAAAGGAGCGGAUUCACCGCCGACGAAAUGAAGCCGUUUCCGCAUCUGAUGAAGUGGGUUGACCGCAUUGCGGCGAGGGAGCCCGUGCAAAGAGGCAUUGGCGAUAAAUAUGUGCAGAAGUAA